AAAUUACCUAUUUCUUCUAAUAUUAUCAGUCGUAUAUGUUGUAUUUGUCCUUUAUGAUAGAGAAAUUUUUCUCAUUUCAUUAUUUUUUAUGUGGUGUAGCUUGGUGGCUUCAAUUCAACAUUACCAGGCAAACGUCGACUUUCUGUACUUGUUUCUUGUGUUUCCACCAUCAUUAUUGCCAUGUUUGUAAUUCUUUUGCUAUUGCAGGCAUUAAGUCGAAGCAGUUAUGGUUCUCAACCUCUCCUUAGUAAUUAUUCUAUUUCUAUCCAUUUCUCACUAUUGAAUGGUAUUAAUCAAUAUUUUACUAAUUUUUUGGUUGAAGAUCAUUCUUAAGGUAUUAUGUUACAUUAAAUUACCUAUUUCUUGUAAUAUUAUCAAUCGUAUAUGUUGUAUUUGUCCUUUAUGAUAGAGAUUUCCUUAUCAUUUCAUUAUUUUUUAUGUGGUGUAGCUUUGUGGCUUGAAUUCAACACCUACAAGGCAAACGUCGACUUUCUGUACUUGUUUCCUGUGUUUCCACCACCAUUAUUGCCAUGUUUGUAAUUCUUUUGCUAUUGCAGGCAUUGGGUCGAAGCAGUUAUGGUUCUCAACCUCUACUUAGUAAUUAUUCUAUUUCUAUCCAUUUCUCACCAUUGAAUGGUAAUAAUCAAUAUUUUACUAAUCUUUUGGUUGAAGAUCAUUCUUAAGUUAUUAUGUUACAUUAAAUUACCUAUUUCUUGUAAUAUUAUCAGUCGUAUAUGUUGUAUUUGUCUUUUAUGAUAGAGAUUUUUUUAUCAAUCAAUUAUUUUUUAUGUGGUGUAGCUUGGUGACUUGAAUUUAACAUUACAAGACAAACGUCGACUUUCUGUACUUGUUUCUUGUGUUUCCACCAUCAUUAUUGCCAUGUUUGUAAUUCUUUUGCUAUUGCAGGCAUUAAGUCGAAGCAGUUAUGGUUCUCAACCUCUACUUAGUAAUUAUUCUAUUUCUAUCCAUUUCUCACUAUUGAAUGGUAAUAAUCAAUAUUUUACUAAUCUUUUGGUUGAAGAUCAUUCUUAAGCUUGGUGGCUUGAAUUCAACACUACAAGGUAAAUGUCGACUUUCUGUACUUGUUUCCUGUGUUUCCACCAUCAUUAUUGCCAUGUUUGUAUUGCUUUUGUUAUUGCAGGCAUUGAGUCGAAGCAGUUAUGGUUCUCAACCUUUACUUAGCAUUGAGUCGAAGCAGUUAUGGUUCUCAACCUCUACUUAUUGGAGAUAUGAGAGGGAGAAGGCUUCAAUCCAAGAAAUGAGUGAUGAAACUUCAAUAAUAAGUGGUUGAAUUUUUGUUCGUAUGUGAUGUUUGAGGAUUUGUGAGAUAUCUUUUGAACUGUGGUCAAAGGAAAGCAAUUGUAAGUUUCCUUUAAAUAUAAUUAGUUGUAUAUGUUAUUUAUGAUGUAACUUUCUUUCUCGUAUCGUUGUUUUUUUAUUUAAGGUGUAGAUUGGUGGCCUUAAUGCAUAUUAUACGUUGAACGGGGUAUUUCCAACGUUAUUUUUUCAUGUGCACCCACCCUUAUUGGCAUUGAUGUCUCAUGGCUCCCCAGGGCAAACAAUUUCUUCAAUUGCAGCAAUGAAUGAUUAGUCAUCUAAUGUUAUUUUCAUGUCAAUUUGUUUCAAGUUAAUAAUUGUCUGACCUUAUACGAGUAAUGUUAUGCUUAGGUGGUUGGAUUACGAUAAAGAAGCCUAAUAUAAAAGUAUUGGGCAUCUGUCCAUGCUCAGUCUUUAUACGUUGAGAUAACUGACAAUUUGCUUAGGGUUCAUGUUUGUAUUGCUUUUGUUAUUGCAGGCAUUGAGUCGAAGCAGUUAUGGUUCUUAACCGCUACUUAGUAAUUAUUCUAUUUCUAUC